UCAUCUCGAAUCUCUUGGCAACCGUGCGAUUGCACUGGAGCCCGAGUAUGAGCUGGGACAAGAAAAUAACAGAAAAGAAAGAAACAAGACAGAGAAUUAGUGAUGACCAUGAAGCUAUGGACUCGCGUCCUUCUCACUGCAUCUUCACUGGCGAAAGCACCUGCGUGUCAUCACAGCAUAGUUCAACAGCUCUUACAUGUCACCUCCUCCUUCUCUCAGCCUCCUCACUCACUUUCCAAGCCUCCCUCUAUAUAAGCACCCCAUUUCCCUCCAAUUCAACUCCGCAUAUUAUAUUAGCAGAGAUUUCAUUUCAACUUCCAAUAUAUAGUAAGUUCAGAGUUUGUGAGAAAGACGAAGUUCAUAGGAGAUGGCAUCAGAGCAGGAAAGAAGUGACCUAAGCAAAAGAAAAGAACUAGACGAGAAGGCAAGGCAGGGAGAGGUUGUUGUCCCUGGUGGAACUGGUGGCAAGAGCCUCGAGGCUCAAGAGCACCUUGCUGAAGGGCGGAGCCGCGGAGGGCAGACACGGAGGGAGCAGGUGGGUCAGGAAGGGUACCAGGAGUUGGGGCAGCGUGGCGGCGAGACUAGGAAGGAGCGGAUAGGCCAGGAAGGGUACCGUGAGAUGGGGAAAAAAGGAGGGCUCAGCACCAAGGGCAAGUCUGCAGGAGAGCGUGCUGCUGAGGAAGGCAUCCCCAUUGAUGAGUCCAAGUACAAAACCAAGAGCCGCUGAUAUGAUCAUUAUUGACUUUCCACGCUCAAGGCCUCUCACUUUGGGAUUUUUUUUAUUUUUAUUUUUUUUUUGCUUCUAGUGUUUUUGUUCUAACUAGAGUUGUAGGAUGGUUUCUACUGUCUUUGUAUUUCCUAGUUGGUUGGAGUUUUCUUACUUGUUGCCCAAGUAUGUUGUCAGGAUAGAGUCUGAACUAAGAAGGGGCCUAUGUGUGUGACCAUCGUGUUUUCUUUUGUAUCUAAAGUUGGGCUUGGAAUUCUCUCUCUUCCUUAAUCACUGUAUCACUGACCAGGUCUCAAUGGUACUUCUAAUUACUAGGGUUCAGAUUGCUAUAAUAAUCCUAAUUGCUAGGGCUUCGAAAGGUCCAACUACAAUCUCAUAGCUUAAGUUCAACAAUCUAGUUCUUAUGUUCAAGCGAGGCACGUAACAUUAAGUCAAAAUUGUAACAAACAGUCA